UGGAACGACAACUCUGCCGGGAGAUUGCAUAGCAACAAGUAUACAACUCGCUACAAUUUAAAAUAAAUUAUAUUUAUUCCUGCAAUAAAAAUGAGCUCGAGCGGCGAAGAAGAAGAAGUUGGACCGAAUGUUGAUGCAGACGACGCAGACACUAGAAUUGCAGCAAGAAGAAUUCGUAUUCAGAAACGAGUAGAAGCUGCCAGAAGAGCGGCUCUUGGUGAAGACCCUAAUGAGAAGAAAGAAGUAAAACAGGAGCUUACAAAGAGCCGAAAACAAAUAGAAGAAAGCCGACUGCGACUAACAAAACUGAAACAGGAUGGUUUUGACCUUGUAACCAACAUUCGUGUUGCUGGUGAUGCUAGAGAGGCCACCCGUAGAAAUGAGGAGGAGGAUGCUAAAAGACAGAGAAAAGAAAAGCUGGAACAAGAAGCUAAAUCUGGAGCAGAAAGAUUUGAAGAGAUCACUAAGAAAUGGGAACAAGCUUUGCAGAAAGAAAUUCCUCAAUCUCUUCAUGAGAUGCUGAUGCAACAGAAGACGUCAUGUGAUGCAAUGAUUGAUGAGAAGAACAAGUUGAUCAAUGAUUUUCAGCAGGAGCUGAAGGGUAAGGAUGACACGUAUGUGAAGGACCUGAAAAAGCAGGCGGAGGAUGUGGACCUCAUGAUAGAGCGCAUGGAGGAGCAGAUCAGGCACCUCACCAAGGCCAUGAGGGAGGAGAUGAAAGAGAUAGAGAUGGCGUUUGUGUCUGAACGUAACGACGUUCUGGAGGCCCAGAAGCGCAAGUGGGAGGACAAGAUGCAGCACCGUCGUGACAAGGAGGUGGAGUACAUGAAGACCAGGGAGAGACAUGUGGAGGAGUACGAGGCCCAGCUGCAACACCUGCGCGUUAUGGAUACGGAGGACCACAACACCGUCAAGAUACGGCUUGAGAAGGACGUUGAGAUCAUGGAGCAGCAGCUGCAGCAGUUGAGGGCGACGUAUCAACUGAACCAGGAGAAACUCGAGUACAACUUUCAGGUGCUCAAGAAGAGAGAUGAUGAGAACACCAUCACCAAGUCACAGCAGAAACGCAAGAUCACCAGGUUGCAGGACGUACUGAACGGUCUGCGUAUCAAGUGUGCCAAGCAGGAGAAGCAGUACCGUGAUGAGAAUGCCCAACUCAAUGAUGACUAUGUGAAGAUCAUGGAACAGUUCAAGGAUCUACAGAGGAAAAAUAGACACUUCAUGCAGGCGGAUGCCAACAAGUUCCACGAUGUGUGGUGCAUGAACGAGGCCGAGCUCAAGGACCUGGUACUCAGCGUGCUGGAGGCCGACACCAUCAUACACUCACAGCAGAUGGGCCUAGAGUGGAACCAGCCAGAAAUAUCAUUCAUGGAGAACACUGGUCCCUUGAUGGGAGAGUCUGCCAAGAAGUCCGGUGUGUCAGCCAAGCAGGUGGUAGAGGAAGUGCUCUCCGCUACUGGAGGUGACAGUAUUGUGGAGGAGGAGGAGGAGGACGCUGGGUCAGAGGUCAGCGAUGGCAUUCCCGCAGACAGGAAGCCCAAGAAGUUAAGCAUCUUGGACAAGAUCUCCGCACAGACCAUCAAACAGAUACUGGAGCUCCUCUGUGAUGAGUCGGGCUUUCUGGUGGAAUCCAAGCUAAACAAGCUUCUGUCCCCCCUGGAGAAAGACGAGCGCUCUCUCAUGAAGCUGGACGCCAUCUUCAAUGCUCUGAACAUUGAUACAGAGGAGGACAUUCACCUGCUGGCCAGUUACUUCAUGCAGCUCAAGGGCAAGCAAGCACAGCAGCAGCCCGAGGAGAAGAAAGAUGACGAGGAAUCGAAGACGUUUUACUCUGAGAGCGAGAUGGCUGAUGACAUAGACGCGGAGAUCUACAAGCUGACUGGGAAGGAGGGGGACGCGGCGUCCUCCAAGAGCGAGACCGUGGAACUCAUUAACCCCAACGAGGUGCUCAAGGCUUUACGACUGUUUGUGGACCAGAACAGGAAGCCGCAGAAGAUGGGAGGGAAGUCGUCCCAGUUCAAGAUCAAGUCGCUGGGUGACCGUGACGACACAGGUGACUCCGAGUACUGGGCUCGGUUUGCCCAGGUGAUCUCACAGAAGAAAGAACGUCUCUGGAACGCACUGCUAGAGGGACUGGAGAAAUACAGUGAGGUGCUUGGAUCUCGUGCGGGCCUGAUCACGGAGACAGAUGCACUCAGACAGCAGAAUGCAGAGCUUAGGAUGCUGCUGCAUCAAUAUGUCAACUCUAAGGUGAAUGCAGAGCUGGAGGUGCCCCCCACGCGGGUGUUACAGCUCGAGAUGAACCCCCCACGCUGAUGGCCCCCCUCACACACCCCAGACAACACAUCAGUAGACCGCGCCCUUCUCUAGGAGCUCCUGGCAUCAGUCAUGUGAUCUUUAACAAUGCAUCUUCAUGUUAGAAUAUUUGAUAGGUUUUUUUAUUGGAAUUAUCUUUUUUUUUUUUAAAUCUGGGUAUAUUUUUUUUGUUUAUGUUUUAAACAAUUUUUAAGUGUGAUUUAAUCAGAAAUGACAUAUGAUUUUUCUCCACUAAAACUGGUUUUUAAUUAUUCAUUAAAGAUAUUACCAUAUUAAUAGUUUUACAAUUAUUCCUUUCUUUUUACAUCAAUUAUAUUUGAAUUUUCCUUAAUUACUUGUUAUUUAUUGAACUAUAUUUAAUAUAUAGAUCUAAGGCUGAAAAAAAGUUGCAACUUAUUACUUUUAGUCAACGUUUUUACUCCUACAUUGACUUUGUUAUAUGGAUUUAGAAACACAUGAACUAGGUUUAUUUGUGGGGCUUUAAAUGUAUGUCAAGUUAAUACUAGAGAAGCUGCAUUUCUUGAUAGUAGCCAACAUCUGUUGUUGAUCCAGCUGAAGAGCUCAUGUUUGUGUUAUCCAGCUGCUGACAUUCGUCCCACUCACAAGUUGAAGUUCAAAACAGUUGUAUUCUUUUCUAAAAGCAUUGAACUAAAUUUAUCUCAGAAAUGUUAUGACAUUAGAAUUGUAUCCCAGUUUGUAAGAAUAUGGUUAAGUAAAUCCACAUAUUUGUCAACAAAAACUGUUUGUUGUGAUUUUUUUAAUGUACAUUAUUUUAAGAAUAAUAGUUACUGUGUUAGUAUUAUGGAGCUUUAACAUUUGAAGAAACUUUAAAUGUUAUUCAAUGUAUCUGAUUUUGACAUUUUUCUAUGUGUUCUUUCCCCCUGAUAUUUACAGUUAUGCUUAUGUAAUCAACUUAGUCUUGCUGUAUUUUUUCACAAAGAUCCUUAUAGUAGGCUUCAAAUCAUACAAUUAUAGAUUAUAUACAUAGGUGGCAAAUGGCUGUCUAAUUUUUUCUAUUACACAGGAUCCUUCAUUAAAAGGUCAUAUUUGAAAUAAAUGUAGGAAAAAUCAUGUAGACAAUUUCAUUUGAAAUUUAAUUUUCAGCCGUUUUUAAUGUCUCAAGUUACGAUUUACUUUAGAAACUUUAUACAUUUGACCCCAGGCAGCAGAGUGCCUGUAUUGAGAUAUGUCACAUGAUUAAUGCCAGGGGCGAGAUUUAUAUAUGUGUUGACUUAGGGGUGCGUGAGGAAGGAAAAAUAAGCCAUUUAUUUUAUUUAUACUUAUUGGGCAUACAUUUGAAAACUUUUUUCUGAACAGAAAUUUUAUUUUUACAACCUGUGAUAACGUUUACUUUUGUGAAUAAAACAGUUUCUAAAUAAAAUAAAUGCUAUUUUGUUAACUUUAAUAGAAAGCAUUUAUGGACAAUGGUCAGUCUUGUAUAUUUUAUUCAAUAAUACACCUGUACGAUAUUGGUUUUGUAUAAUGCAUUGACAAAUAAAUAAAGAGGAAAGAUAA